AUGGCCGAUGAUAAAGAUGGACACCCCCCGCCGAGUCAAGCGGAUGGAGACCUGGGGACAGACCAAUCAAGUCGUUAUCGCUCGAUGUCUAUGAGUAGUGAUAGUACAUUGUCGUCCGUGAGCCAUCACAGCUCGGUAUCAUGUGCAUUUCGUUUGCGUACAGCGGAGCAGCGAGAACUCGCGGCGAACGUGGCGAUAGAAAAGACUGAUGUAGAAGAAUCCCAACAGACCGGGAAUGACGCGAUGCAGAGUCUGGUACUGAACGAGAGUGGAUUACCUACAAGAUCUGUUCGCGCCCAGAACUUUGUAUCCAAUGUUAGUGGGAGCUUUAGACAACCAUCCCUCUUGCAGAACAACAUUUUGCAAGACCCCGUACACAGAGACAAUCAAAACUAUUCUCCCUCACCCAUCAUCGGAAACUUUACUGGAACUCGAAAUAUCCGUGUAAUUAAAGUAGAAAACUCAGGAGCAACAUCCAGAAUUGUUCCAGCACCACCCGCAAAUCAGAUAACGAUGACGAGGCAGGCAGACUCUCCGGAUACGUUCAGUGCGCCUGAGACCAUACGGUACCGUGAGAACCUCCGGAGGUACGAAGAAGACCAGCGGAUGGAAGAAAUCUCAAAUUCGGGAUCUCUUGCGGAAGUUGGAGACCAAUAUUCAUUGCCACAAACUCCCCCGCCACCGCCCAGAGCAAGGCAGCUGCAUGACAGGCUGCCCUUUGACAAUCCACGUAGGCAACCCAGAGAUCAACCUGAAGCGGAGGCCCCGGGAUAUAGACCCAUGGUCGACGGCGAUACAAGGCCUCAAAGUGCCUUCGAUUCUGCCACUAUGAACUAUCGAAACAUGCACAGAGUGAGAAACGAUAGACCACAAAGUUACCCUCAUGAUCACAAUCUCCAUGUUGCCUCUCGCUAUUCACAGGCGGGUAUUGGCAACUCCAACGACGCUUCUGGUCAAAGCAAUUUCACCACGCAUAGCCUGGCAGGUGACGACCGGUUGAACGGUACAAGAAGUCCGCGUGGAACUCGAGUGGGUAUUGAGGAACAAGAAUCCGCGCAACAGCGGUUUGAUGAAUUGCAAAGAAAUAUCGAGGCAGAACUUCGAAUGAAUCUUCAGGAGUUGGGGAGUACAGAAGGCAGGCUCUCUGGUAUCCGUACUCAACAUGAUCAUACAAAUGGUCGCAGAUUCGCGGGCGAAGACAAUGUUUCAAACCGAGCACAUAGAGGGCUAGCUCGAGAUCAACCCCCUGUCGGCAACCCUGUCCGCCAACAUGCUGGCCCAAAUGUGCUGCAGCCGGCCGCGAACAUUGGACACUUACAGUACCUAAUCGACCUCCGCCCCUGUCCUGCCAAUGCUGCCUCCGAGGCCAUCGUAUCUCGGAUUUGGAAUACAUUUCUAAUGGAUUGCCGAAUGCAACACUUGCUAUUAGACGAUCGAGAACUUUUGUUUAGGAUUCCUCUGCCAGAUUACACUGGCGGACCCGUUCCAGAACAUAGUAGAAUUCCCAUCGGCGUGAUAAGCAUUUGGAACAACGCUGUUAGAAACAUACUGGAUCAGCAACCCAUCCGUCUAGUUAGGCAUCCGCUAUACAAUCAAAUUGCACUAAUGUUCGACAAUCCUCCGUUUAUGUUUAGGAGCCACCGCCCUGAUCCUGCGGUAUCUUCUACAAACGGCUCUGACAGGCGCGCCGGUCUUCAACCUCGCCCUCCUGCGGGUUCAGUCCUAAACCACCCCUUACAACACCCCGACUCUGGGGUUGGAGUAAAUGGGAGCAUGUGGCGUAGACAGCUCCGCGAAGUCGCAAACAAUAUGUUCCCACGGAAUCAGAAUAGAUAUCACUACCCUCGUGGGUUUGACAAUACCCAUCCCGGUAGUGAUAUCCUCCAUCCAAGCAGCUUCAACCCAUAUGACAAUGAAAACCGAUCCAAUGUGGCCAACGGACAUGAUAUCAGGAACCUGCCUAAUUUGCUUCACCAAUACCAUCAGCCACAAGGUGGAGCAGUCGACCUUCCUGUCCAACGCGAGUUGAGGUUUCAUGCUCCAAGAACUCCAGCAGUUGUGCCUCGAGCACCUGCCGCCAGAGAUCAUCGUAAUGUACACGCAGAUCGGGCUCAUCCGUAUCGCCGGCCCGUUAGGCCUCCGGUCGCAGUCUCUACAGCUCAUCACCGUCUGAGUAGAGCCGUUCAUACUCCAGUGCAGCAAACUGCCAUGGAGAGUCCCUUCCAGACACAUCGCGAAGAUAGCAACGUUCCACCUUGGGCUGCUCCUCUUGCCGCUCCUUCUGUCUCUGAUUCAAGGGCCCAGGAGAUUACCCCUCCAAGACAGCCAGGGCCAUAUGUCCACCGCUGGCUCUCCAAUAUUGUCGCCGACUACCCCCCCGUUGACCUGGGCCAUAAUGCAGGACACCCUGUCGCAACGCCGGGUCAGGCGGCUCAAGAGCCAGUUAGCGACAGAGCUCGUAGAGCUCAACAAUCCACUUUGCGCCCUGCCAACGGCAACAGAUUUCCUGAAAGCUGCAAUGUCAAUGACAACACCAACAACUCCCCCGACGCCUAG